AUGGCUUCUGUAACGCUGGAACCGUACUAUGACUAUGACGAGAAUUACACUCACGAUUAUGAGGAAACUUCUUCCUCUUCUUCUCCUUCACACCUUCCCUGGUCACACAUCUAUCUCCCGGCAUUGUAUUUUCUCAUGUUUUUCGUUGGAGUCUUUGGGAACUUCUUUGUGAUUGUUGUUAUGGCCAGCAAAAGAAAGAGGAGUGCAAGACUGGUGGACACAUUCGUUUUGAAUCUUGCUGUUGCAGACCUUGUGUUUGUACUCACACUGCCUCUAUGGGCCGUCUCAGCUGGUCAGCAUCACCUCUGGCCUUUUGGGGAUCCCUUGUGUAAAAUCAGCAGCUACAUCAUCGCAGUCAAUCGUUUUUCCAACAUCUUUUUCCUCACUUGCAUGAGCAUCGACCGCUACCUAGCAGUGGUGCGCCUCAUGGACUCUCGAUUCCUCCGCAGCAAUCAGUGUAUGAAGCUCACCUGUGUCCUUGUUUGGUUGACCUCUUUGGUUCUGGGCAUCCCCUCACUGGUGUUCCGAAAGGUGAUCUCUCAAGAUGAAGCUGACAGAUGUCAAGAAGACAUGGAGUCAGUUCUCUUCCAGGCGGUCUGUCUGCUCACUAUAGUGCUGACCUUCAUGCUGCCUGUGUUCAUUAUAUUAUUCUGUUAUGGUUCCAUCCUUGCUCAAUUACGCCACCACUGCAAAGUCACCAGCAAUGGCCGUGCUGAAGCCCGACACCGCCACUCAGUCAAAAUCGUCUUCACCAUCAUUACAGCCUUUGUGGUAUCCUGGCUUCCCUUCAACGUGUUCAAAUGUAUCUGGGUGAUCUCUGAGAUUUUCAAAACAGAGAUAAACAUGGAGAACAAAAUCGUUUUAAGCAAUGGUCUCAUUCUCUCCUCUUGCCUGGCAUUUCUCAAUAGCUGUGUGAAUCCAGUCAUAUACCUACUCCUGGACCAUCACUUCAGGCGAAGAGCUAGAAAUCUGUGUCUUUUCUUUUUGGGUCGGGGUGGGGUAACCGAAAGCUACAUCUCUUCAAAUUCUCUUUCCAAUGGUACCUCAGAAAGCCUCUCUGGAACCACAACUCGAAGCCGACUCCACUCAGUCAACCUGAAGACUUAA